AUGUCGUCCUUCCAGCUACAGAAUUCAGAAGUCUUGGCGAGGCUCAAGCCAUUUGGAAUUCUGUUUGAGAAGUCUCUCAAUGAUUUAAUCAAGGGGAUCAGAGCGCACUCGAAAGAUUCGCCCGAGAGCUUAGCAAGAUUUUUAGACUCGGCCAUUCAGGAAUGCAAAACGGAACUCUACAGCACAGAUCUCGAGACUAAGGCAAUGGCAGUUUUGAAGCUCUCGUAUUUGGAAAUGUAUGGCUUUGAUAUGUCAUGGUGUAACUUUCAAAUACUCGAGGUGAUGUCGUCAAGCAAGUUUCAGCAAAAGCGUAUAGGCUACCUAGCCGCAAUUCAGAGUUUUAAAAACGAGCAGGAUUUGUUAAUACUUGCUACGAACCAGUUUAAAAAAGACCUCAAUUCGUCACUGCAUGUUGAAGUCGGGUUGGCCUUGAGCGGAAUCGCUACAAUAGUAACUCCCAGCUUGUCCAAGGAUAUUAAUGACGAUGUGUUGAUGAAGUUGAAUCACUCAAAGCCGUACAUAAGGAAAAAGGCCAUUCUCGCAAUGUACAAAAUCUUUUUGCAGUACCCAGAUAGUUUGAGAGUAAACUUUCACAGGGUGAUUGAAAAAUUGGACGAUACCGACGUAUCAGUUGUUAGCGCUACUGUCAAUGUAAUUUGCGAGUUGUCGAAAAAGAAUCCAAAAUUGUUUCUCAACUACCUACCGAAGUUGUUUUCCAUCUUGGAGGAGACCAAGAACAAUUGGUUGAUUAUUAGGAUUCUAAAAUUGUUCCAAAGCUUGUCAAAAAUAGAACCGAGAAUGAAGAAGAAGAUAUUGCCCGCGAUAAUGGACCUCAUGCUUAGAACGCAAGCGUCAUCUUUGAUUUAUGAAUGCAUAAAUUGUGCAGUUAACGGGCAGAUGUUGUCAGAAGAGUCUUAUAAAGAUAAGCAAACGGCCAAAUUAUGCAUCCAGCAAUUGAUGACUUUUUUCAAAACCAAAGAUUCCAACUUGAAGUUUGUUGGAUUGAUCGCUUUGAUCAACAUAUUGAAAGUAUUUCCAGUUUUUAUGCACAGUGUGGAUGGUGUGUCAGAAGUGAUCAUGGACUGCUUGAACGACCCGGAUUUGAUAAUCAAGAAAAAAGCCCUUGAGGUCUCAAGUUAUUUGGUGAAUGACGACAAUAUCGUUGACGUUGUUAAAGUGAUGUUGCUACAAUUGAUCCCCGACAGAACCACUGUUGACGACUCGCUAAAGUUGGAGGUGACAUGCAACAUCUUAAAGAUAGCCUCGAAAGACAAUUACAAUAACAUUCCCAACUUCAAGUGGUAUGUGGCUGUUUUGAAAGAUAUAUUGAACUUAACAUUGCUACCCGUUGUUCCCGGAUCUACGGGAUCGGUAUCGGCAACAACAUCGAAAAAGAUAGCUGCUCAAAUAGGAAAUGAAAUUAGAGUUCUUGCAACAAAGGUUCCUUCUAUUCGGCCAGUGUUGUUAGAAAAAAUUGUGGUUGAAGCAGUGUUGGAUGAAAACGUAAUCACAGCAUGUCCGCUCAUUUUGGAAGACGUCUACUGGGUUCUAGGCGAGUAUAUUGAUGAAUUUAAAACCAGAAUCGAUGAUGACGACGAGGUCGAAGUUGAAAAUGAGGACUUGGUUGUCAACCUCGACAAGAAGUUGUGCAUUUUCAAUACGUUAGUAAAUUGCAAAGUGGAUGAAAAAUUGGGACUUGGCACGGCAGGUAAUUUCAAAAUAUCAUCGAUGUUGCUAAAUUUGCAGGAACCUCAAGUCUUGUCUAUUUUGAUCCAAGCUUUGGUUAAACUUUACAAUGGUAUUGUCCACGACUACACCCGUGUGUACUCGAGCAAUGGUGAGUUUUCCGAAACAAAGUAUAAUGAGUUGAGCUACCAUCUUUAUCGGUUAAUCGGAUUUUUGACUUAUUGGGAGAAACAUUACAACUAUGAGGUCCAAGAGCGGGCUUUGUCGUGGUUGGAAUUCUUAAGAUUAUGCCAGGAAGCAAUGAUUGGUGACGAUUUGUCAGGGGUAAAGAAACUUGAACUCAAGGAUUUUGAGCUUUAUGGCGAAAGGGUUAAAAGUGGUGGUGCUAAUGUGGAGGACAGUUCAGAAAGCGAAGUGGAAGACAAUUCAGACUCAUAUGAUAGUUCCAGUAGUGACGAGUACGAAAACUUGGUUUUCUCGGAUGACGAAAAAUCACCAAAGCCAAACGCUCUGCCUGACUUUGAGCCUAAUCCAUUUGCAGAACAGGAUUCAGAAGUAAAUGCCUCCUCGAAACGACUUCCUGGGUUAUUAAGCCACAUUCUACCAUCCUUUUUCAAAGCUUAUAUGCUAAAACCUGUCGCAAAAAAUGCUCAAUUCAAUAUCGGUUUGCCAGAGGCGUUAGACUUGGACCUGGAAAUUAAUGAAUUACCCAAAGGGGCUGACACAGUUGGUGCUAAUGAUGCAUAUGAACUUUUCUUGUCAGACUCAGAGAAUUACGAGGAGAACUUAAUCCAAUUGACUAGUGCUGAAACAGAAACCAAUAGACGAGUUAACAUGGAGGAACGCGCACUUCGUUUGAAGGAUGACCCAUUUUACCUAGAGCCCGGGAAGAAAAGCAAGACAGUAAACAAGCCACAUGAAAUAUCGGAUGAAGGACGCUCAGAGUCGUCGCGGGCACCCAGUUUGUCAUCCAAGCAAGAGGAACCAACGAAAACCAAAAAGAAAAAGUCAUCAAAAAUGAGAAAGGAGAAAGUACUCAUACUUGAUGAAGAAUCGGUAGAAGGUGUAGCUAGUCCCAAUGAGGUACAAAAUUCCGAGGUUGAGAAAAAGCGCAAGGGAAAGAAAAAUACUAUAAAGAUUGAUUCAUCGAAGUUGGAUAAUUUCGAUCUUCUUUCAGUAGAGCCGGAAAGAACCUCAAAUGAGGAGUACGAUAUUGAUUUAGAUGCUUUGCGAGCUAAAUUGUCGCAAACUUCGAUUGACAAACCAAAGAAGAAAAAGAAAGCCAAAAAGACAGAAAGAGAAAAUGUGAUCGAAGGAACUGGCAUUAGCGAAGUAAUUGAUAAAGAAAGCAGCCAGAAGCUCGAGCAAACUAGGCCAAAAACAAAGGAUGAUGCAUCUACAACCGAUUCUUCUGUAAUCACUGUAAAGCCAAUGAAAAAGAAAAAUAAGAAAAAGGCAGUGAUUAUUGAGGGAUGA